GGGUCUCAAGGAUGUCGGGCUCGCCCUCCGCCACCACGCCUCCGCCGCCUCUCACGCCCGAAGAGAAGGCCGCGCGCGAUGCCCGGCUGCAAUGCGAGCAUGAGUCCUACAUUCGCGGCAUCGCCACGAUGCGCUCCUUGCCGCGGCUGCGCUCCACCAUCGCCGGGGCCGGCGGCAAGACAAACACAAUCACACGCAUUGCGGAAGAGCGGGAGGAGCUGCGACAGCAACACCUGCGCAGCACCGCCGAGAAGGCCGCCGAAGCGCUGCAGCGCCGACAGGAGCAUCAGGAGAAGGUGGAGAAGCUCGAAAGCACUCAGACUAAAAAGCGACAGCGGCGCGUGCUGAAGCAGCAGCGAAAAAAGCUGAGGCAGGAAAAGGCAAAGGAGCGUGCGUUGAAGCGGCAGCGGAGGACGGAGGGGUCCGCAUCGCGCAGCUCCGAUGACAAUGACCGCAGCAGCAAUAGCAGUGACGACGUGGAUGCGUCGAGCAGCGCAUCUACGGCGCGGUCAUCAUCGUCGUCGUCGUCAAGCUCGCACAGCUCUCCAUCAGGCGCUCUCAUUGAAUAG